UAGCCGAGCUCCAUCAACAUCAGAACAAGUCCGUACAGAUCGUAUCAAAAAACCAUGUCCUUCGUCUACUUCCAUUACCACCUCCACCCUCCUUCGUCAACUCCUCCGCAACUCUCUCCCAGUCUCAAUUUCAUACCAAAUCAUAAACCCUUUUACCUAAUCAUGUUAUCCAAAACCAAAACCCCUUCAAGUUUCAAUCUUCCACUGUUGCCUUCCGUCAAGCUCCGUAAAUGCACCAGAGUUCUCUCCCUCCUACCCAACCAAACCACAACCCAAAACCCAAAACCUCAUCCCUUUCAUUCCCUCUCCCAAACUUUUAAAUCACUGGUUUCCCUUCAACCUUACGUUCGUCCCCAAUUCAGACCCAUUCUGUUGGGCUGGCUCUGCAGUCUCGUCUCGGUCUACUCCCUCUCCAGAAUCGUUCCUUACGUCGGAAAACUCCCUGCCAUUCUCGACGAUUUGAAUGGGUUCAGCCGAUUGAGGGACUCCGAGGGUUUGGUGUUGUUGGGUCUCUUCGUGCUGGCGCGGUUCGUGGCUUCUUACUUGCAGCAGGCGUUUCUAUGGAACGCAGCGUUGAGUGCUUCCUGUGAGAUUCGGGUUCGGGUUUUCCAAAAGAUUAUGCAGAGGGACAUGGAGUUUUUCGAAGGCGGCGGAGUUUUGGCCGGAGAUAUUGCUUAUAGGAUCACAGCUGAGGUCUCUGAUGUUGCAGACACUGUCUAUGCUCUUCUCAAUACUAUUGUACCAAGUACUUUACAGUUAUCAGCAAUGGGGGCUCAAAUGUUGGCUAUAAGCACUGGGCUAUCCUUGGUAUCCGCAUUGGUGAUACCUUGUAUGGCAUUUGUUGUUGCUUAUCUUGGCCAGAAACUUCGUAUGAUUUCUAAGAAUGCAAAUCUUACAGUUGCCGCUCUGUCAGCCUAUCUAAAUGAGAUUCUCCCGGCAAUUCUUUUCGUGAAAGCAAGUAAUGCAGAGCAGUGUGAGAAUGCUAGGUUUCAGAGGCUUGCUAAAGCUGACCUGUCUGAACGGUUGAAGAAGAAGAAAAUGAAGGCUCUUAUUCCUCAUAUCAUACAGAUUAUGUAUUUUGGGUCCUUAGUUUUAUUCUGUGCCGGUUCAUUGGCAAUUUCAAGAAGUUCUUUUGACGGGCGUGGCAUGAUUUCUUUUGUAACGUCAUUGGUUUUUUUGAUCGAACCAAUUCAGGGCAUUGGAAAAGCAUACAAUGAGUUGAAGCAAGGAGAACCAGCCAUUGAACGCUUGUUUGACCUUACCAGGUUCAAACCAAAGGUAGUCGAAAAACCUGAUGCAGUUGAUUUGAACAAUGUUACGGGAGAGGUGCACUUUUGUAAUAUCUCAUUCAAGUAUGGAGAGUAUAUGCCUCUUGUCUUGAACGGAUUGACCCUGAAAAUCAAGGCUGGAGAAACCGUUGCUCUUGUUGGGCCCUCUGGUGGAGGAAAGACGACUCUUGCAAAGCUUCUGAUUCGACUUUAUGAUCCUUUAUCUGGUCAUGUACUUAUCGAUAACCAGAAUAUCCAAAACAUUCGGUUGGAAAGUUUGCGGAGACAUGUUGGCUUGGUUUCUCAGGAUAUAACACUAUUUUCAGGAACAGUUGCCGAAAAUAUUGGGUAUCGGGAUUUGAUGAAAGAGAUUGACAUGGAAAGGGUAGAGGAUGCAGCACAAACUGCAAAUGCCGAUGAAUUUAUUCGAAACCUUCCAAAAGGUUAUGAAACCAACAUUGGACCAAGAGGCUCAACCUUGAGUGGAGGCCAGAAGCAAAGACUAGCUAUUGCUAGAGCACUAUAUCAAAACUCUUCAGUUCUAAUAUUGGAUGAAGCUACUUCUGCCCUUGAUAGCAGGUCUGAGUUAUUGGUGAGACAAGCGUUGGAACGCUUGAUGGAGAAUCAUACAGUGUUGGUGAUUGCUCAUCGAUUGGAGACCAUUUUGAUGGCUAAACGGGUACUUCUUUUGGAAAAUGGGAAGCUUCAAGAGCUAAGUCGCAAUCAAUACGACUCUCGGGUGUCAAGAGGGCUAGUAAUUUGAUUGGCUCCAUACAGUUAUUUGCUACAUGUAAAUAUUCUUACAGUUUACACCACACAAGUCAUAUAGGGUUCUGAAACUCCGGUCUAAUCUCCUUUUUCGAAAAAGGGUUUUGCAACUUCAAAAGUGGAACACACAGUAAUUGUAAUCUAAAAUGGUAAGAACCAAGAAAAAUAAAGAUUAAAUCUGGCUCUGAUUAA